AUGUUUGAGGGCCGAUCUGUCCCCGACUAUGUCAUUCUCUCCCAUCGCUGGGAGGAUGGGGAAAUUUCUUUGCAGGAAUUGCAGGGUAAUGUCAAUCAUCACAAGCAAGGCUGGCUGAAGCUUCAAAAAUUUUGCCAAUAUGCGGAACAAAGAGGUCACCAAUUUAUCUGGUUGGACACCUGCUGUAUCGACAAGACUAGCAGCGCUGAGCUUUCAGAAGCUAUCAACUCCAUGUUCAGAUGGUACCGACGGGCAGAACGCUGCUACGCAUAUUUAUGCGAUGUGCCGGCUAGAGAUGGCCUCGAUUUUACCGAAUGGGUGGGAAUCUUCAAAAGUAGCAAGUGGUUCACUCGCGGGUGGACUCUCCAAGAGCUGCUCGCUCCCCACAAACUGACCUUCGUGUGUUUGGAUUGGAAAGAAGAGAUCGGUACGAGGAAGUCGUUAAGCCACGAAGUGGCAGAAGUCACCAAAAUUCCCGAGAAGCCUCUCAUCCAUGGAUGGACGUUGAAGGACGAAUUCGGAGGCUCUCAAUUUACCGUUGCCCAGAUUAUGUCAUGGGCGUCAGAACGCCGCACUACACGUGUUGAAGAUACGGCAUAUUGCCUGAUGGGGCUUUUUCGUAUUCAUAUGCCUUUGCUCUAUGGAGAAGGGCUGAAUGCAUUUAUCCGCUUACAGCUGGAGAUUAUGAGUAGAUACGAUGAUAACAGCUUAUUUGCGUGGAGAAUACCGCUCAACAAUCGCUUUUUUGGGUCCAUUCGUGCCCUCAACCGAGCUCUCGACAUCCCAGAAGCGUAUUGGUGGGGUGGCCUCCUCGCUCCUUCGAUUCAGUGUUUUCAAGAUUGUGCAAGCCAUUUUCUUCAUCUUGAGAAGUUCGAAGAUGCACGGCUGUUCUCAAUGACGAGCAGGGGAAUCCUGGUGGAAGGGUUACUAAGAAGGUAUGACAAAAGCCGCCACGGAGGUCAGCGUUGGCUUCUGCUGCUGAACUGUGGCCGAGAGUCUCUUUGGACACAUCGACUCGGGAUUGUGCUAGCGGGUGAUGGUCAGCUUGCCAUGAGGGUGGUAAAUAUGCAAGGCUUUGAUUCUGACAUGGUGGAAUGCGAUUGGGACACUGAAAGAAAUUUAAGGACUGAGUAUGAGCAUCGCAGGAUCUUUAUCCCACAAGCCUGGCCGAGCGAUUUCGAUUGA